UUCCGACAGGAAGUAAGAAUUUGGAGCAAGGAGCGCAACUGUCGGGAGAAAUGUCGAGUAGUGAACGAGAAGAGAUGGAUGAAAGAGAAACACACGCCGACCAUGUUCCAAAUGAUGAGGAAGAAGUUGGUCAUACACCCACAUUCCGGAAGGCAGUACGAUCAAUCCGGAAAAUCACAGCACGACGAAGAGAAGAAGUACGAAUGUUGAGAAGCUAUCAAAAACGCAGACGAAAGAAAACAAGAAAUGUAUCAUUAAUGUCAUCACUAACAACAGUUGCGGAUAGAGAGAAAGAUUUCAAAAUAAUGACAGGCGUCCAGCAAGAAGCUGAGAAACAGCAAGUAAUGAUUGCUCCAAUGAAGUUUAUCAUAAAACCAGAUCGGACAACACCACCUCCAAUUGAAUCAACUGCACUCAUUUCAGCAGAAUCAACUGAAGCAACAGUAAUUUCGACUCAAGAAACAUCAAAUAGAGCGGAAUGUACAGUAUUAGCUACAAAGCCAACUGUUCCAAUCUCGAACACACCGGAAAGUACAGUAUCAUCCACAGAGCCAACUCUUUAUACUUCAAACAGGAACACACCGGAAUGUACAGUAUCAACUGCAGGACUCUGGAACAUACCGGAAAGUAGAGCACCAGCUAUAGAGCCAACUCUUCAUAUUUCAAGCAGGAACACACCGGAAUGUACAGUAUCAACUGCAGGACUCUGGAACAUACCGGAAAGUAGAGCACCAGCUAUAGAGCCAACUCUUCAUAUUUCAAGCAGGAACACACCGGAGUGUACAGUAUCAGCUACAGGACUAACAAUUCCAAUCUCAAGCACACCGGAAAGUACAGUAUCAGCCAUAGAGCCAACUCUUCAUAUUUCAAACAGGAACACACCGGAAUGCAUAGCAUUAGCCAUUAGACCAACUGUCCCAGUCUCGAAUACAGAAGAAUGUAUAGUAGCAACCACAGGGCCAACUGUUUCCGACAACUGCGAUGUCGCCUCACAAUCGAAAGUCAGGAAUGUUGAUUGGUAUGAAAGUGACACCCCGCUGUCCAUCACACAUGGAUCGACAACAUCCGAAAGUAAUCGGUGCAUUGAAAUUUAUACAUUAACAUAUUAUUCCUUAGGUGGUAAAAUGCAGAGUAAUCUUUCAAGUCAACAAUUUCAAUCAUUGACAACUCAUUUGGAUCACUGUCUAAAUGCUUUGCGCUUACUUCGAAAUGAAGUUGUAUCUGUACAUUGCCGAAUAAUGGAAGGUAGUUGGGAAAGUGAUCCAGCGGACGGUGAAAAGACGCUAGAAGAGAGGCUCGAUUUUAUUAAUCAGAUUUACGAUAACUUGGAAUCGCACGCGAAACAACUGCCAGUCUCGACACCCAUGACGGUACAGAUGGAGCGUCUAAGUCGAUUUCUGCAUGAUGGACAGAUCGAUCCACAUACUAGUGAAUUAUACGAUAAAGCGCUGGAAGCAUCUACAUGGAUGGAAACAAACAAUCAGUUAUUGCAAAUGUAUGCGGAAUUUCUACGCACUGUUGUGGGUAAUCGAAGACGAUCAAUAAUGACGGACCGACCAAUAUCAUAUUCAAAUUAUGGAUUAAAUUCAUCGCCGCAAAGUAUUUUCGAACAAACACUAACAGUUGUACUAAAGGAUCCAAAUAUUAAGAAAAUUGGACUUGUUGGACGAUAUCUGGAGAAAAGUACACUAUCAGCUCUUGUUGAAUUCAAAUUUGGACAAGUAAUAGAUAAACAGUAUGUCUGUUUGCUCAAAAUGCUUAUGGUUGUCAAUAGUGGUGUGCCGGAAUUCGUACAAAUGAUUGCUCCUCAUGAAGAAUGGUCUUAUUUGGAUGUUGGUUCUGGUCAGGUUGACAUUCAUAAGGAAAGCCGAUAUUUAGUAUAUCGGAAGAUGAGUGUUCAAGCAAACAUACAUUUGAUGCAGACAAUAAUGCCUUGUAUUGAUAUUCGAAAUGCACACACGCUUUCAUACGUCUUAAAUUUAUUUGCAAAAUUUUCUGGAGUAUUCGAUAUAAAAUGUCGUGUUUGCAAAAAGAUAAUGAAAGACUAUUUGCCACCACUGAUGUUCGAUCUUCGAUGUCCAAAAAAUGCAUUACACGAGUCGUGUCGAUAA